AUGACUAAUCACAUUGAUUUCAUCAAGGAUAUAACAAUUUCAAAGAUGCAAUGGAAGUUGAAAGUUCGGGUUGUCCGUAUGUGGGAAAUACCGGAUCGUUUUAAUCCUGGAAAUAUAUUCUCGAUUGAAUUGGUUCUACAAGAUGAAAAGGGCGAUCAUAUAUAUGCUUCUAUUGGCAAGUCAGUUUUGCACCUUUUCAACACAAAAAUUAAUGAGCUUCGAUUAUAUCUUAUGGCGAACUUUAUCGUUUGCCAAAACAAGGAGAGGAGGAACAAGUUAUCUGCUACAUUCUGGGGCGAAUUUGUUGAUCAAGUUAUACCUCACCUUUUAAGUUCUAACAACCAGCCUGUUAUUGUUGUUAUGCAACUCAUAAAAGCCCAUAAAUUUCAAGAUUCAUAUUCUGUGCGCAACACUUGGAAUACAUCAAAGUUGUGGAUUAAUCCUACUUUUCCUCAAUCUGACGAGUUUAAAAGAAGAUUACUUUCUGUUCGGGAUAUUUCCUCUGAGAGGCUGACUCAAACCAUCUCUCAACAAAGUUACUCUGUUUCGGAUGAGUUAGAGAAGGGCAUUGCUGAAGUUAAAAUAAUUGCCCAAUUAGUGGAGUCCAUGCAAGAAGGUCCCUGUUGGAUUGUCGCAAGUAUAGAAAAUUUAGAACUUGGAAAAGGAUGGUCGUAUGUCAGUUGCAAGAAGUGCCAAAAGAAGGUGGAUAAAGUAGGAAAAAUUUAUCAAUGCCCAAACCCCAAAUGCAAAAAUGAAGAUAACUCAGCAGUUAUUAGGUACAAGCUUCAGGUUAGGGUAAUGGAUACUACUGGAUCUGUUUCCCUAUUACUUUGGGACCGUGAAGCAAUGUUUCUCAUAGGCAAAUCCGCAAAAGAAUUGAAGGAAGGAUUUCUUGCGAAUACUGGCGUUGUUGAUAAGUAUCCUUAUCCAGUAGAGCUGAACAAUGUUCUCGAAAGAAAAUUCAUGUUUAAGGUUAUUGUGAAGAGCUCGAACAUUCAAUUGCAACAGGAAGUUUAUAGUGUUGUUAAGCUUACGGAUGAGGAGCAACUGAUAAGGAAAUAUAGUCCUGAUCCACCUUCAUUUGACUUAACUGACCCGGAAUUCAAUAACAAUCAAGACUUUGAUGGAGAGAAGGAAUGUGAGGAUUCUACCGAAGAGAGCGAGUUAACUGAUAUUUCAAAAACACUUGCGAAGAUGAGUUUAACUAACGCCGCAACAGUGGUUGAAGAAGAUCCAAAUACACAGUUGUCAGGAAAUAAAAUCAAGAGAGAGCUGUUCGUCGUCAUCAACCAGCACGUUGGGGAGUAG